AAAGGAGCAAAGUUUCAUUUGUUGUGUAGCCCUUUGUCUCUCGCAUCCCAAUUUUCAAAAAUAUUCUCUCUCCUCUCUCAGUCUCUCUCUCUUCUUUAUUUUCACUUUCUAUAAAUCCAAACUCUUAAACAAAAGAUUUUGUCUUUCCAUCAACAUCACUUCUCUCAUAACUCCCCCAAAAACUCUCACUUCUUUCUCUCAUUAACUUCGUGUUCUUCGUCUAUUAUUUUCACUUCCAACAAGCAAAGAAACAAAACAUACAAAAAGGAUGAGUUCAAGAGUGUUCAGAGCUACACCAGAUAGCAACUAUUUGGUCCCGGUCCCCAGGAGAUCUAAAGACCACCAAGACACCAGUCCCGACCGGAACCGGAUCUGGUUAGAGCCUCGUCAUAAACCGGUCGUUAACCGGAAAGUCCCCGUCGUCUAUUAUCUCUGCCGGAAUGGUCAGCUGGACCAUCCCCAUUUCAUUGAAGUCACCCUCUCUUCCCACGAUGGUCUCUAUCUCAAAGAUGUGAUAAACCGCUUGAAUGAUCUCAGAGGGAAAGGCAUGGCAAAUCUCUACUCUUGGUCUUCCAAAAGGAGCUACAAAAAUGGAUUUGUGUGGCACGAUUUAUCGGAGGACGAUUUCAUCUUCCCCGUCCAAGGUCAAGAGUAUGUACUCAAAGGCUCUGAGGUUCUCGAUUCUUGUUUCAUCUCAAAUCCUAGGAGCCUCCUCGAAACGACGUCAUUUAGGGAUCCGAGAUCUCUAAACCCAGAAAAAACCUCCGGCGAUGAUAUCCCGGUGGUGAAUCGCCGGCGAAACCAGUCGUGGAGCUCUAUCGAUCUCAGCGAGUACAAGGUGUACAAAGCAACCGAGUCGAGCGCCGAGUCGACUCGGAGGCUCGCGGCGGACGCUGCAACGCAGACGGACGAUCGACGUCGGCGGAGAAAACCGGUGAAAGAGGAGAUAGAGGAAGUGAAAAGUCCGGCGAGUUACGAGAAUCAGAGCACUGAGCUGAGCAGAGACGAGAUUUCUCCUCCACCGUCGGAUUCGAGUCCCGAAACCUUAGAGAAUCUGAUCAAAGCAGAUGGACGGCUGAUAUUGCGUCCGAACGAGAGUAGUACCGAACAUCGGACGGUCGAGAGCUUAUCGAGCGGGAAAAUGAGGGCUUCGGCUGUGUUAAUGCAGCUGAUAUCGUGCGGUACGAUGUCGUUUAAAGAAUGUGGGCCCGUUUUGCUGAAAGAUCAAGGGCUGUCGUUGACUGGGCGUAGCGGGUGUACGGUAACGCGAGGAGCGGGUGAGAAUUGUCUAGAGAAGGCAGAGAAGGAAUUAAAGAGUUUUGGAAGGGUAAUAUUGGAAGAUAAGGAGUAUUUUAGCGGCAGUUUGAUUGAGACCAAGAAGGAACUUGUUCCUGCUUUGAAAAGAUCUUCUUCUUACAAUGCUGACAGGAGUUCAAGAAUGGGACCAACGAUGGAGAAGGACGAGGAAGAGGCGGUUCGAGCAAAGUGCAUUCCGAGAAAACCAAAGUCGGUGGCUGCAAGGAACAAUGGUGGUGUGCAGCAGCAACAAAACGGCACGAGUGUCUGAGGAAAAGGAAACAAAACGGCAAGGAGUCUAACAAAUCUUAUUUUGGGUUUAAGUAACAAAAGAUUAGGGAAUGAUGAUGAGUUUUGUAAGCGUUGUGAAUUGUGUUAGGUAAUUACUAAAAAAAUUCCUAUGCAUGCUAAAAAGUUAAGAGUAAAAAGAUGAUGGGUACAUAUACUAAAAUUGUUGUAGUUUGAGCCAAGGUGUCUUUUGAGGCUAAUUUCAUUCUCGUUUUAGUUAUUGGGAAUCACACUCUGUUAGGUGCCUGUUAGUUUCCAUUGAUCACUCUAAUCACAUUGAAGUAAUACCGAAUGAUUAUA